AGCUCGUGGUGCCGCUCUGGGGAAACAUUCCAGCGCGUGUUCAGUGAGUUCAUCAGCGCAGUCUUCGCACCCACAGCCGCGCUCAGCUGGUUUAAAGGGAUUCAACCAGCAGAGCAGGAGGAUGUGGAGCCUCGCUGCUCCUCCGCUCUCAGAUCACUGAAACUUUUAGUGGGAGAGGAGGAGAACAGUGUCGCUCCUGGGAGACCAUGGGGGACAGUCACUAGAUCCAAUCCGGCUGGGACUCCUAAUGGCUGUGGACGCUGCUUCCAGUUUCAGUUUUUGCAGGCCCGCUGUGGAGUAUAGGGCUCUGCCUGAGGACUUCAAACACCAGCUGAGUCGACGGACAGGUGGGAACCUAACUUGGCAUGAUGGUCGAGGACAGACCACAGCAGGGGGAAGAACCGUGAAGCUUCUACAGCAACCUGGCACUGAGUUCUUGCAGUACCGCUCCAGUGAUAAUUACGGUAUAUAUCACACAAGCCCGACGCAGCCCAGUUUGAUCCGCCCCGUCGUGCUGUGGUCACAGCAGGACGUCUGUAAAUGGCUGAAGAAACAUUGUCCGCACAACUACCUGACCUACGUAGAAGCAUUCUCGCAGCACGCAAUUACAGGUCGUGCAUUGUUGCGUCUAAAUGGGGAGAAGCUGGAGAGGAUGGGUUUGGUGCAGGAGACGCUUCGGCAGGAGCUGCUGCAACAAGUGCUGCAGCUCCAGUUGCAGGAGGAGGGACGUAACCUGCAGCUUCUCAGCAGAGGUACAUUUGGAAGGAUAUCUUAACAGAAAAGAACUGGACUUCCUGGACCAUCGAAGCUCAUUGAAGCUGAAUCAAACUUGUGGAAUAAAUCCAUCCAUCUUGCAGUGAAUCCAGAAUAAUGUUAUUUAUCAGGACCAUCUACAACACAUGAAGGAAACAAAACCUUUACAGACUGUGAUGAAAAUGCCUCAUGACAAUCUUAUUCAGCAUUGUACUGUUUAUCUGCUUGGUUGUUAUAUUCAUGUCAAAAUGUUAUUUCGUGACUGUCUAAACCUUUUUUUAUGUCAACAUUUAAUUAUUAAAUUAAACUAUUGAAAUAUA